UUCAUCAGAGAGAAAGAGACAUGGGUACCAGCCAUAGAGUCUCCAAACUGCGAUCCAGCCUCAGACCCAUAAUGUAGGACCUCGCCCAUGUGGCCCAUUGAUGGUCCCUGCACCAACUCCACUGACGCUACAGCGAGUGGGCCACUUCCGCUCUCACCUUCCCCUCCCUGAAUGAGCAUGGAGGGGCGGAGUGGAGCGUGCUGACGAGGGCGCAGUGCUCACUAGUCGGGACAGCCUGGAGACCGUGUCACGUCCUCCCCAGGGCUUUCUCUCCCGGUGUGUUACUCCUCCGGUCUAAACAGUUUUGCGAGAGAGGGAUCCGGCCACGUGUAUGGAAGUUGCUGGUACUGUGCUGGCCACGCCAAGAAAUGGUGCGCUGUCCUAUUCCUUAGACCCUGCGUGGGCCGGGGUCGGGAGAAAAGUGUUAAUACGUCUGGGGGCUGCGGGCAGCGUACAGAUCCGCAAAAGCAGGCGCUAAGCGCACCUCCACUUGCUCCGCCCCUCAAAUGUCUUGCUGUUUAGGGGCAGGGCUCUGGAGUGGGCAGGUCUGCGCACGCGUGCAGAGGCCUCCGGAAGUAACUCAGGAAAGAGAUGGAGAAGUACGAGCGGAUCCGAGUGGUGGGAAGAGGGGCCUUCGGGAUCGUGCACCUGUGCCUGCGCAAGGCUGACCAGAAGCUGGUGAUCAUCAAACAGAUCCCCGUGGAAAAAAAAAGGCAGGCGGCCCAGAAUGAGUGCCAGGUGCUCAAGCUGCUCAACCACCCCAAUGUCAUUGAGUACUACGAGAACUUCCUGGAGGACAAGGCCCUCAUGAUCGCCAUGGAAUACGCUCCAGGCGGCACCCUGGCGGAAUUCAUCCAGAAGCGCUGCAAUUCCCUGCUGGAGGAGGAGGCCAUCCUGCACUUCUUUGUGCAAAUCCUGCUCGCGCUACAUCACGUGCACACCCACCUCAUCCUGCACCGGGACCUCAAAACCCAGAACAUCCUUCUUGACAAACAUCGCAUGGUUGUCAAGAUUGGAGACUUUGGCAUCUCCAAGAUCCUUAGCAGCAAGAGCAAGGCCUACACGGUGGUGGGUACUCCGUGCUACAUCUCCCCCGAGCUGUGUGAGGGCAAGCCCUACAACCAGAAGAGUGACAUCUGGGCGCUGGGCUGUGUCCUGUACGAGCUGGCCAGCCUCAAGAGGGCCUUCGAGGCUGCGAACCUGCCAGCACUGGUGCUGAAGAUCAUGAGCGGCACGUUCGCGCCCAUCUCUGACCGCUACAGCCCAGAGCUGCGCCAGCUGGUCCUGAGCCUGCUCAGCCUGGAGCCCGCGCAGCGCCCGCCGCUCAGCCACAUCAUGGCGCAGCCCCUCUGCAUCCGCGCGCUCCUCAACCUGCACACCGACCUGGGCAGCGUCCGCAUGCGGAGGGCAGAGAAGUCCCUGGUCACCGCAGCACCCAUGGCCCCUGGCAGCACCGGGAGCAGGACCACCAGUGCCCGCUGCAGGGGCGUUCCCCGGGGGCCUGUGAGACCAGCCAUCUCACCGCCACUGUCAUCGGUGUACACUUGGGGCGGCGGUCUCAGCGCCCCCCUGCGGCUGCCGAUGCUCAACACAGAAGUGGUCCAGGUGGCAGCAGGGCGCACCCAGAAGGCUGGCGUCACACGCUCUGGGCGCCUCAUCCUGUGGGAGGCCCCACCCCUAGGCGCCAGCGGAGGCCCAAUUCUCCCGGGGGCAGUGGAGCAGCCACAACCCCAGUUUAUCUCGCGUUUCCUGGAGGGUCAGUCAGGUGUGACCAUCAAGCACGUGGCCUGCGGGGACCUCUUCACGGCGUGCCUGACUGACAGAGGCAUCAUCAUGACCUUCGGCAGUGGCAGCAAUGGGUGCCUGGGCCACGGCAGCCUCACUGACAUCAGCCAGCCCACCAUUGUGGAGGCUUUGCUGGGCUACGAGAUGGUGCAGGUGGCCUGUGGGGCCUCUCAUGUCCUGGCCCUGUCCACUGAGCGAGAACUAUUUGCCUGGGGCCGUGGAGAUGGCGGCAGGCUGGGACUAGGCACCAGGGAGUCCCACAGCUGCCCCCAGCAGGUGCCUAUGCCCCCAGGACAAGAAGCCCAGCGGAUUGUAUGUGGCAUCGACUCUUCUAUGAUCCUCACUGUGCCUGGCCAAGCCCUGGCCUGUGGGAGCAACAGGUUCAACAAGCUGGGCCUGGACCGUCUCUCCCUGGGGGAAGAGCCUGCCCCUCACCUGCAAGUGGAGGAGGCCCUGAGCUUCACACCACUAGGCUCCGCACCCCUGGACCGGGACCCCCUGCUGAGCGUGGACCUGGGCACUGCUCAUUCAGCUGCUGUGACUGCCACGGGCGACUGCUAUACUUUUGGCAGCAAUCAGCACGGGCAGCUGGGCACCAGUGCUCGCCGUGGGAGCCGGGCGCCCUGUCAGGUUCAAGGCCUUGAGGGCAUCAAGAUGACGAUGGUGGCCUGUGGGGACGCCUUCACGGUAGCCAUUGGGGCAGAAGGUGAAGUGUACUCGUGGGGCAAAGGGGCCCGAGGUCGACUGGGGAGGAGAGACGAGGAUGCUGGGGUCCCUCAGCCAGUGCACCUGGAUGAGCCACACCCUUACACAGUGACUUCUGUGUCCUGCUGCCAUGGAAACACGCUCUUGGCUAUUCGCCGUGAGUUCCAGCUUUCUCACCUCUCCCCUGCAAGGGUUAACCCAGCUGGCCCCCUGCCCAUUCUCCUAUGCCCCAAUGGUCACGUCAAAAACAUCUUUAGCCCCAAGCGGUCACAGAUGAGCCAGCGCCCCCCUGAGGCACCCGGAUACGCUUCUGGACCACCCUGACAUUGCCUCUCCUCUGAACGUUCUCAAGGCUGCAGGUGUCUGAGGCAUGACUGUCCCCACAGCUCCUUGGAGUGUACCUUCAGUGGGGUCUAAGAGCAUGAAGCCUCAGCUCUGGGCCCUUCAUAUGGAAAUCCCCCCAACCCAGCUCCUCCAGCAACCUCCUCUUUAAGUCAGUGUCGGGGUUCCAGCCGGCUGGAGUUGGAGGCUAGCCUUUGGACGCAGGACGACCUCCAUAGCCUUGGCCAAAUAGGUUGGAGGCUGCUGUGACUCCACCUAGAUCCUGCCCUUUCCUCCAGCCCAGUGAGGAAACUAAGUCCCUGGUGCCCACUGGAAGACGGCUCUGGAGCCGUUUUGGAGCAGGACAAGCCUGGGCUUGCCUGGACUGGCCAUUAGUGUCCAUCAGUCCUGCCUAGCCUCCCCGUUCAUUGCCCGAGGCAGAGGUCUGAGGGAGGGCUGCCAGCCACCGCCUCCACCCCUUUAUCCCGAGGCAGAGAUUUACACAACCUCUUUUGGCCUCCCUCGCCCUGCGGGAUAUUACUGCAGAGGAUCCCGCCGAAGGCUGUCUCCCAUGUCUUUGCCCAGAACCAGGUUGAGGCGAAGGGCAGCUAGUCAGACCAGACCAGUUUUCCAGAUGACUGAAAAUAGCGCAAUAAAAGCCUCAGCUGCCUGCCUGCCUGGAGUGUGGUCUCUACAGGGGUGGGGACGGCGGCUAGAUACCCCGGACUGGGCUGGGCCUGAUCUCGGUUGCAGUGCUGUGGCCAGGGGAGGAAUGUGGGCGCAGCCGGAGGCUGGGGGCAAGGUUCCUCUGGCCCGGCGCCCGGCCCAUCCUCCUCAACCCCAACUGGGUUCCCGGGAUCCGGUUGCCAGGCUUCAGCUGCCUAGCACCUGGAAGCUGGGGCCCCGGCCCCCGGGCGGCGCGUGGCCCCCGAGACUGAGC